AUGGAGAGAAGGUCCCUGUACAUCGCAACUUUCCAGGGCGACUUUCUAUUCUACACGUCCUUCAGAGUGCCAUUUUCCAUCGUUCAAACAAGCCCUGCAUGGAGGCUGUUUACGGUUCUUUCGCCACAGCCGCUCGGACAGGCAGGUCCCGGAACGGCGAUGUAUCAGCUCGACAGAGCUGACUUGGAGUUGGCGCAGUUUAUGGAGUUUUGCGUUACUUGCAGCAACUGGGCUUUUGUGCUAUCCUGUGGCGUACUGUGCUCAAGUAUCUUACCGGCAGCGGGUCAGAUGCUCGUCGCUCGCCUCGGACGUGAAAAUCCGGAUGCGUCGUCUCUGGAGCUGGCCGUGGAGAAGAUAUUGCUCAAAAUGCUUUUGCACCUACCUGCUGCAUCACAGAUAGUGCUACUCUACCGGUGGCACACUGAAUUGCGGAUCUUCGAAUCACAGGCGCGAAGCAUUCAUCUUGGGGUGUCGCCAUCAUACUCCGAAACCCGGGAGCAGGGAGACACAUAUUUGGAUUAUUGGUGUCUCUGGUUCGGUAUCGUGUUUCUCGGCCUUCUGUGCGGCAUUCUUCCGGCUGCUCUUGUUCUGUGGCCCAGCCUCAUCUAUCAGAACACUAUCUCUCCGGAAGGUUUGCACAUGUUUGGAACUUCAUGGAGUAUGGCGGCCUUCCACACGUUCACCGCGGCAGCGCUUCAAUACAUAGGAAUGCGCGGCGGGUUUUGGGCUCAUGCAGUGGCCUUUACCCGAGCCUGCUGGCUGCACAUGGCGAUGAUGAAGUACAGGAAAACAGGUCGCCUUGAAGACGAUCUUGCUUUCCCCAAGGUCAUACAAUGCGUGCAUCACAUUGAUCCAGAUUUUGCUGCUUUGUUCCAGCUUCAGGAGCUGCUUCAGCUCGCAAGCGACUACGGAGACAACGUGGUUUGGAACGAUGACGCAGAGCGGGACAAAGGAUGGAGCAGGAGAUUGAAAAGCUGGUUGUCUGAAGGUGAAGCCGGUCAAUCUGCCACGGAGCUGGCCGACAUGGCUCCUGAACGCGGGGAUGUCACCUGA